GGACCUUGGGCUGCCUCUGGAAGGAUGUGGUACCCAGGUUCGGGGGAUGCAGGAGCGUUAGUUGGCUUGGAGCAUCCUUGCUAAGCAACCAUGGCCAGCCAGACCCAGGGAAUCCAGCAGCUGCUGCAGGCUGAGAAGAGGGCUGCGGAAAAGGUGGCCGAGGCCCGAAAACGAAAGGCACGGAGGCUGAAGCAAGCCAAGGAGGAGGCCCAGGCUGAAAUUGAGCAGUACCGUUUGGAGCGUGAAAGAGAGUUCCAGCACAAGCAGCAAGCGGCUCUUGGCUCGCAAGGAAACCUGUCCACUGAGGUGGAGGCCCAGACCCGCAAGAAACUGCAGGCCAUGCAAGGAGGACAAGCCCGGGGCAAAGACCGAGUCCUGCGUCAGCUGCUCACCCAUGUGUGGGAUGUGAAGCCUCAGCUACACCCCAACUACCACUUUGCUAUCUAGGAGACUCACUGACUCAGCCUGCGGUUACUGCCUGGUUGCCUGGGACACCUCACUGGUCUCCAUCUUCCAUCAUCCUCUCACAGCGACAAGUCUCCUCAUCCCUAGAGGUUGAAUUUUACCGGCCGCCUCAGAAUCUCAGCCUUUAUCAUCUGCCUGUGGGCCAAACUAGACACAACAGUGUCCUUAUGGUGGCCUUGGGGAUGCACCACCAUUUAAAAGUCAUUCCAAAAUGUGCAGCUUCUGAGGCACUCUUAUUCCUCCAGUGUACCAUAUCAAGUUCUUACCUACCCUUUGUGACUGAUUCGGCACUUGAAAAGGCUUGAGGGGUGGGACAAGAGUAUUGUGCUGUGGACUUGAUCAGGAUUGGGGCCUCCUGGCAUUUUUAAAUGACUUUAAAAUGGCCAUAACUUCCCCAUGACAACUGAUAUAGUCUCUGUAUUCCAUUAAGGCUGUACAGUAUUCUCAUUCCAUGUUAAUGUCCCCCAGAUGAACUCCUAUGUAUUAGUUUAGUCUAUUUACUCUUUCACCUUUCUCCCCAAUGGGACCCAAAGCCACUUAUGUCAUUGUCAUCUCUUCCUCUUUAUCCUCUCAACAACCCUUUCAGGUAGGUUGGGAUGAGAAUGUAUCACUAGCCCCAGGUCACCCAGCAAACUUUGCUAGCACAGUCCAACCUGGCACUCUAACCAUUACACCAC